AUGGACACACCAGGCGCCGCCUCCCGACAACUGACCGCCGAGGACUCCAGGAUGUCCCACGAAUCGUCCCUCUCGAGCGUUUCCACCACCAGCCUCGUCUUCGACCGACUCCACGAGCAGAAUGAGAAGAGCUACCACUCUUCGUCCCAGAGGCGCCGCGCCCCCUCUGUUUCGCGCGGCGGCUACGCCGACCUUCCCGACGACGACGAUGACGAGAAUGACUACAAGGAGGCCGACACAAACGACCUCGAGACGGGGCCGUUCCUGACGUCGACCGGCAUGAUGCGCCGCGUGGGCAUGGAUCGUGGCCUGAAGAAAGGGCUGUUGAUACUCGGCGCUGCCUUCCUCUUCGCCUGGGGCGCCGCGCUCUUCGUCUUUCUAUCCAACAAGUCAUACAGGCAUGGCAGCACCGUCGACCACGACCCUUCUGCGACAUCGCGCGGGUCCGGAAAGCCCGUGACCUUGGACCAGGUCAUGUCCGGCUUCUGGUACGCAAAAUCUCACUCGAUCAGCUGGAUCGAGGGACCCAACGGAGAGGACGGCUUGCUGCUCGAGCAGGGUGCUCGGGGCAAGGACUACCUCCUCGUGGAGGACGUCAGGUUAGGCAAGAAUGAACGCCAGGUCUCGACGAAUGUCGUCCAGAGCCGCACGUUGAUGAAGAACCCGUGGAUCAACGUCAAUGGCCGGCAAUUGACGCCGUCCGGCGUCUGGCCGAGCAAGAACAUGAAGAAGGUGCUCGUCUCGACUGACCGCCAGCACAACUGGCGUCACUCGUUUACCGCGCUGUACUGGAUCUUUGACGUGGAGACCCAGACAGCCGAGGCUCUUGAUCCCGAGCGCCCCGAUGGCCGCGUGCAGCUUGCGACUUGGAGCCCCCAAAGCAACGCCAUUGUCUUCACCAGAGACAACAACCUCUUCUUGCGAAAACUGGAUGGCGACAAAAAGGUGACGCAGAUCACCACGGACGGUGGACCCGAGUAUUUCUAUGGUAUUCCCGACUGGGUCUACGAGGAGGAGGUUUUUGCCGGUAACAGCGCCACUUGGUAUUCCGAGGACGGCAAGUACGUUGCUUUCCUACGGACCAACGAGACGGGCGUCCCGGAGUACCCCCUCCAGUACUUCGUGUCGAGGCCCUCGGGCAAGCAGAAGCCUCCCGGUGAAGAGACGUACCCAGAUGAGAAGCGCAUCAAGUACCCUCGUGCUGGUAGCCACAACCCCGUCGUAGACCUUCUCUUCUACGAUGUCGAGCGCGGCGAUGUCUUCUCAGUCGAUAUCGACGGUGGCUUCGCGGAUGACGAUCGACUCAUCAACAUGGUCCUCUGGGCCAACGACAAGGUCCUGAUCAAGGAGACCAACCGCGUGAGUGACAUCAUGCGGGUGGUGCUCGUAGAUGUUGUUGCUCGUACUGGCAAGACAGUCAACACCGUUGACGUGGGCAAACUCGACGGUGGCUGGUUCGAGAUCUCCCAUGAGACCCAGUUCAUUCCCGCGGACCCUGCCAAUGGACGACCAGAGGACGGCUACGUCGACACCGUGGUCCACGACAACGGUGACCACAUUGCGUAUUUCUCGCCAAUGGACAACCCCGAGCCGGUCUAUCUCACUGGUGGCAACUGGGAGGUCGAAGGCGGAGCCUCCGCAGUCGAUUUGAAGAACAACUUGGUGUACUUUGUCUCAACCAAGGAGUCCUCCAUCCAGCGCCACGUUUACAGCGUCCACCUCAACGGGUCUGACCUCAAGCCGUUCACGGACACCAAGUUCGAGAGCUACUACGACAUCUCCUUCUCCAGCGGCGCGGGCUUCAGUCUCCUGACGUACCAGGGCCCCAAGAUCCCUUGGCAAAAGGUCGUCAGCACGCCCAGCAACCCCAUCAGCUACGAGCACGUUGUCGAGCAGAACGAAGAGCUUGCCGAGAACGCCAAGAAGUACGAGCUCCCCAUCCUCAAGUACGGCACCAUCAAGGUCGACGAUGUCGAGCUCAACUACCUCGAGCGCCGUCCUCCCCACUUCAACGAGAAGAAGAAGUAUCCCGUGCUGUUCCAGCAGUACUCCGGCCCCGGUUCCCAGAGCGUCCACAAGAAGUUCUCCGUCGACUUCCAGUCCUACGUCGCCUCGGCGCUGGGCUACGUCGUCGUUACCGUUGACGGCCGCGGCACGGGCUUCAUCGGCCGCAAGAACCGCGUACUUGUCCGCGAGAAGCUCGGCCACUGGGAGGCCCACGACCAGAUCGCCGCCGCCAAGGCCUGGGCCGCGAAGAAGUACGUCGACUCUUCGCGCAUCGCCAUCUGGGGCUGGAGCUACGGCGGCUUCAACACCCUGAAGACGCUCGAGAUGGAUGCCGGCCAGACGUUCAGCUACGGCAUGGCCGUCGCCCCCGUCACGGACUGGCGCUUCUACGACUCCAUCUACACGGAGCGCUACAUGCGCACGCCCCAGCUCAACCCGUCCGGCUACGACCAGACGGCCAUCUCCAACGUCACCGCCCUCGCCGGCAACGUCCGUUGGCUCAUGAUGCACGGCGUCGCAGACGAUAACGUGCACUACCAGAGCACCCUCACCCUUCUCGACAAGCUCAACCUCGAGGGCAUCGAGAACUACGACGUCCACGUCUUCCCCGACAGCGACCACGGCAUCUACUUUCACGGCGCCAACAAGAUUGUUUACGACAAACUUAGCAACUGGCUCAUCAACGCCUUCAACGGGGAGUGGCUCAAGAUCACCGACGCGAAGCCCAUCGUCGAGCCCAAGGAGAAGGAGAAGAGGGUGGUACCCGCCGAUGUAUUAUCUUUGUAA